AUGUCCCUCCGCGACCUCUCCUAUCCCUCUGUAGGCGCGUCCAUAGCCGGUCUGACGGCCACGACGCUCGUGUCGAUACCCCAUGUCCGGCAACUGCUGCUGGCUUACAACCAAGUCGAGAAACGAUACCAGGCACUCGAUCCAAAUAUUGAUACUGAGGUCAUUGCUAAGGGGAAGCCGCCGCAAUCAAAAUGGCAGAGAGUCACUUUGGUCGCAGUGGUUGGCGUGGCCACAAUUUCGGCGCUUUCAUCCUGCAUCUUGAACACGAAUAAGGCGCCAAUUCCAGAGUUUUUGCGUUUCGUAGCUUGGGCUAUCAUCCUCAUCAGCCGUCGACGAUCCGAAGAUAGAUAUACACUCGGUGUUUACAGCGCAUUGGGAACGUUGGCUCUCAGUCUUUCAAUUGCCUUGCCAUACACAGUUGAGCUACAUAACAGGCGCCGUGGGUUGACGCUUACUGCAUCAGAUGCCCGCAGCAUUCUUGAACUCGUUGCUGCGCUCAUUCUUCUUUUGGUCAACCUUUCCCUCCCCCGGGCAGGGGCUGGUUACCGCGAUGGCCGAGUGAUUGAUGCACAAGAUUCAGUUUCGUUUCUUAAUAGAUAUACCUUUUCUUGGGCGUACAAAACACUUGCUCUCGCGGCAAAGAACGGACAUCUGAAUACCGACGAUCUUCCUCUAGUAGGGGACGAAGUACGCGCCAGAACGCUCGCCGAUGCCUUCCCCACGGCCAGUGCUACUUCAACAGGAUGGAAAAAGUGGCUUAAGAUCUACUGGAGGGACAUUGCCCUCCAAGUGACUAUUCAGUUGUUCACAAAUGCCUUUCAUUUUCUACCCCAUUUCAUGCUUCUCACCAUCCUACGACUAUUCGAAGAGCGUGAUGCUGGCGCAAACAAUCAGCUUCAGCUAUGGCUUACGGCACUCAGUCUUGGGCUCUCCAUGGUUUUGGUGUCAUGGUUCAUCUCGUUGAGAGACUUUGUCGCCGACCUGAAGAUCUCCCUUCCUAUUAAUGAACAGCUAUUCGCGGUCAUAUCUCGAAAGGCUAUGGGCUUGAAAGACGUUGCUCUACCAGCUGCUGGCGAUGAUGAAGACGAAGACGAUGAUGAUAGCGACGAGGAGGACGACUUUCCCUCUGGAACUAAGCACUCUAUCCUUAAUCUUCUCGGGGUCGAUGUGGAAAAGAUUUCGGAUUUCGUCGCGUAUAGCUAUUUGCUGCUUGAUUCUAUCCUCGAACUUAGCAUUACCGUUGUCUUUUUGACGUAUUUGAUGGGCUGGAGGUCCACGCUCGCUGGAUGCGCCAUUCCCUUCUUACUGACGCCUCUUUACUACUACUUAACCAAACGAUACAGCAAGCGUGAACAAGGUCUAAUGGAACGUCGGGAUGAAAAGUCCUCUGCCUUAACAGAAAUGGUACGCGGUAUGCGACAGAUCAAAUUCAGUGCCCUCGAGCACGAGUGGUAUAGCAAGAUCAUGAGGCUACGAGGCAAAGAACUGGAUAAGCAGCGAGAUGUUUUCCAACUGAAUGUCUACUUGUCGGCUAUCUGGACUUUUGGGCCGCUGUCCAUGAGCUUCCUCUCAAUCACUACCCAUAUUUAUGUCAAUGGGGCCAUUUCAGCGUCGACAGCCUUUACAGCCAUAUCCCUAUUCGAAAACUUGCAGAACAUAUUGAGCAUCUUCCCCGAAGUUCUGACUGAUCUUCUGGACGCUUCGGUUAGUAUGAGGCGCAUUGAGGACUUUCUUGCCUUUGACGAGUACGAGGACGGAAGGAUACUGGGAGAGACUAUUUCGUUGCAAAAUGCCGCUAUUACUUGGCCGUCAAGCACACGCGAGGAGUCAGAAACCCAGUUUCAAUUAAAAGAUCUCAAUCUUGACCUUCCAUCGGGAAAACUCACCAUUAUAUCUGGCCGCAGCGGCGCCGGUAAAACACUGCUUCUUCGCUCCCUCAUCGGCGAGGCGGAAGUCUUGAGUGGAAAAGUUGCUGUCCCAACCGCUGAAUCUGCCUCGAGCUUGGAGGCCAACCCCCAGAACUGGAUCGUUCAUGGAGUCAUUGCUUAUGUUGCUCAAGAUCCUUGGAUUGAGAAUGCGACCAUUCGGGAUGCUAUCCUGUUUGGUCUUCCAUUUAACCCUACCCGCUAUGACCAGGUCGUUAAAGCCUGCGCACUCACCCCUGACCUCCAAACUUUCCCUGAUGGAGAUAAAACCGACAUUGGUUCCAAUGGGAUCAAUCUCAGCGGAGGGCAAAAGUGGCGACUGGCACUGGCACGGGCGCUGUACAGCCGGGCCAGUAUCCUUGUUUUCGACGACAUCUUCAGCGCUGUCGAUUCCCAUGUAGGUCGUCAUCUUUACGAGAAUGCUCUGACUGGGAGCUUGACAGAAGGUAGAACGAGGAUCCUGGCAACCCAUCAUGUACGAUUGUGCCUGCAGGCUGCAUCAUACCUGGUGAAACUAGAGAAUGGAAACGUUUUGUAUGCGGGUCAUCCAGAUGGCCGUCUCCCACAUUCUUCCUCCGAGGGAACACUUGACGACGGAAACUCGGAUACAUCAUCGCUGGAUAGUCGACUAGAGUCACGACCACGCCUCGAGCGAUCUAGUACUCAUCAGUCCAAGUCUGACUCCAAAGCUAACACAUUUUACGAAGAAGAGACGCGAGCGCGCGGUGUGGUUAAAGCGAAAGUUUACAAGUUCUACCUGAAAUCCAGUGGGGGUUACUUUCACUGGGCUCUGAUUAUUAUUUUCUUCAUCCUGGCUCUGCUGCUUCAUCUUGCAGCUCCCUACUGGGUUUCGAUCUGGACAAGAGCGUACGAUGACAAAAGCACGCCUUCAGCACUUGUUGACACCUCUGGGCAUCAGGUUAUCAUCCUCCCACGUAGUAAAAGUGGGAUCCAGCUUGACCGGCGCCUGGUAUACUAUGGGUCCAUUUAUUUAGGGAUAUCCUCCCUAUCGUGGGUCCUGGACCUUCUCUGCACGCAGAUUAUUGUUAGCGGAUCCAUCCGAGCAUCCCAAGUGGUGUUUGAACAAUUCACCAAGACCAUUCUCACGGUCCCUCUUCAUUUCCUCGACACAACGCCCGUUGGCCAGAUUCUGAACCGUUUUACUUCGGAUUUCGGCGUCCUUGACUCUGACCUUGCACUAGAUCUAUCAUACCUGCUGCAUAGCUGUGUGAUGAUUCUUGGAGUCAUCGUGGCAGCGCUUGUUACAUCACCCGUCGUUGUAGGGCUCGGCGCAUUGGCUCUCCUAGCUUCGUGGGCAGUCGGCUAUUUCUACGUUACGGGAGCUCGAGAGGCAAAGAGAUUAGAGAGUACUGCUAGGUCGCCCAUUUUUGAGCUUGUUGGAUCACUGCUUACCGGCCUCCCUACUAUUCGAGCAUUUGGGCGAGGGAAGGACUACAUUGAGCGGAUGUACGACUUGAUCGAUACGCACUGCCAGGCUCUUUGGCACAGACGGCUUUUUACUUGCUGGAUGGCCUUUUGGCUGAGCAUGGUUGCAGCUGUUUUCGUCGCAUCUGUGUCCAUGAUAUUUGUGAGCAUUCGUACCAUAGACGCACCCCUUGCUGGAUUCGCCCUUAGUUUUGCACUAGAGAUGUCAGACCAUAUCUCGUGGUUAUUGUCGCACUACGCUCAGGUUGAAAUCGACUUCAACGCCGCCGAGCGCCUAGUCGAGUACACGCAGCUAGAACAGGAAUCAAAAUCGGGCAUUGAAGUCCCAGCUUCCUGGCCGACCAAGGGCGAGAUUCAGGUCACUGCGCUAUAUGUCGGCUAUGCUCCCGAUUUACCGCCUGUUUUGAACGGUCUCGAUUUCUUCAUCCGGCAAGGUGAACGCAUAGGCAUUGUGGGGAGAACCGGUGCUGGUAAAUCCUCACUGGCUAUGACGCUUCUGCGAUGUCUAGAAGCCCGAUCGGGGUCGAUUCAUAUUGACGGAAUCGACAUUUCCCAUGUGCGGCUGCACGAUCUCCGUUCUAGGCUGGGCCUUAUCUCACAAGACCCUGUUGUUUUCGCGGGCACGGUUCGGGAAGUUCUAGAUCCGUUCAGCCAACACGAUGAUACAGAGCUGCACAAUGCUUUGGAGAAGGUCUCCCUUCUUUCUUUUUCCGAAGACAUGGCUGCCGGUGAACCAGGCAAACCAACCGCGACGAAUGACGUGUUCUCUCUCUCUUUCUUGAUCGCAGAAGGUGGGAAAAAUCUCUCGCAGGGACAGAGACAGCUGCUCUGCCUAGCGCGUGCUCUUGUCUCCCGCCCUAAAAUUUUGAUUAUGGAUGAGGCCACGGCGUCAAUCGAUAUGGAGUCUGAUCUCCGCAUCCAGCGGACGCUUCGACAGGAGAUCCACGGUUGUACAUUGCUCGUAAUCGCUCAUCGUCUCUCUACGAUCGCUGACUUUGACCGGAUCAUCGUCAUGGAUGAAGGAAAGGUGGCGGAGAUGGACAGUCCUGCUGCAUUAAUGCAGACUGAAUAUGGGAUUUUCAGAGGAUUGGUUGAACAGAGUGGAGAAAGAGAAGCUAUCGAAAAGAUGAUAUACGGGGAUAGAUAA